AUGCUGCCUAAGCUGUCUCAAACCAUUUUCAGAUGCACACUUUUUUUUGAAAAAGACGAAAUCACAAAUAGAAAGAAAAUAAAAUAAAAGCAGUUUGAAGCUUUUUGAUAGUAAUAAUCCUUAUUGGGAACCCAUAAGUCGCUUAUAUGACCUUUAACCAACCCAGUAUGAUGUCUUUAAUCACCUGCGUGCAGGGCAGGCCACGUUCACCGUUCACACGUUACGUUCUUCUCCAGGCACGUAACGUGGUCCUAACAAUGAAGAGUCGGGCCCGGAGGGGGCAGCGGCGUGGGCGGCGAGGUCCCAGUCACGUGCAGACAAGCGUGGCCUGCCGCGGGCGCCGCACAUUCCUUUGCCCGUGCCGUGCCAUAUUUUGAUGCCGCCAGUCAUGUGACUAAACCGGCCGGCAUUCAGUCAGUCUUGUUCAAACGUUGAGUCGGGGCGCUCGCUAGUGCCACCCGUACGUUUCGUACAUUAUACAUGCAGAUUAACGGAAAAACCUUACUCUACUACGGCGUUUGGUUACCGAAAAUGGAUUGCGAGGACCUCACUUAAACAAAUUUGUGAAGUGUGUGUUAACAAUUCAGGAUUUACGUGAUUGUGUCCGUGUUGACAUUGUGAUCUUUUCCGUUGCGAAGUAAAUAUGGAAACAAGGCAUUAUUGGGAGGAGAACGGGCAUGCCGUCAAAUACGAAAGCUACAACACGACCGAGGAGUUUCGGAACGGCGAACAACUGGGCUUCGCGGCGCCCUCGGAGGACGAGGACUACCAGGCCGGCUUUCUGAAGAAGGGGAAGCAAGAUCCGAUGUCUCACAGAAUCAUCGAGAAACGGCGGCGGGACCGCAUGAACAACUGCCUCGCAGACCUCUCCCGCCUCAUCCCCCCCGAGUACCUCAAGAAGGGCCGCGGCCGCGUCGAGAAGACCGAGAUCAUCGAGAUGGCCAUCCGACACCUCAAGUUCUUACAGGAGCGAGCCAAUGCGGCCGAUCGUGUGGCGGGCGAGGAGUUCCGUGCUGGCUUCCAGGAGGCGCUCGCCGAGGCGGCCAGGUUCCUCGUGGAGGUGCAGGGCUACGGGCCGGCGGACGGGCUGUGUGUGCAGUUGGCCUCGCAUCUGCAGAGACACGUUGAGAUGAUCACUAAAGGCGAAGCCCCCCGCGAGAAGCGGCACCCCACCUCUUCCUCAGAGACGGCCAGUUCCUCCAGCUCCUCACACAGCCACGCGCAGCGCGACGUCGUGAUUGCACGCCACCUGGAACCCCCGCAGCCCGAAUCCUAUGAACAGCCCGAGCAGUACCCGAUGGAAUGCGAUAGAGUGGCCAACGCGAUCCCAGCACCCGAGGAGGUACCUCCGGAGGGCGAGCCCAUGGCGCUGGACGGGCGCCGCAAGAGGGAGCCAACGCUGCGGACCGUAAGGAAGCCCGAACACGGCGAGGACUUCUUACAUUCGUACAAGUUCAAAAAUUCUAUUGAGAGAAGAUUUUCGAGGUCGCAGGAUUGUGAGGCGACGGACAUGACGGUGCGCGGCGCGCCGCACAAGAACUACGGCCACAAGCGGCGACGCGCCACCAAGCCGGCGUCCUCCACCACCUCCACCUCCAACUCCAACUCCAACUCGGGCUCCACGGAGGACGCCCGGGACACCUCGCCACAGGUAUAUACUACAUUGAACAAGAACUACGGCCACAAGCGGCGACGCGCCACCAAGCCGGCGUCCUCCACCACCUCCACCUCCAACUCCAACUCGGGCUCCACGGAGGACGCCCGGGACACCUCGCCACAGGUAUAUACUACAUUGAACAAGAACUACGGCCACAAGCGGCGACGCGCCACCAAGCCGGCGUCCUCCACCACCUCCACCUCCAACUCCAACUCGGGCUCCACGGAGGACGCCCGGGACACCUCGCCACAGGUAUAUACUACAUUGAACAAGAACUACGGCCACAAGCGGCGACGCGCCACCAAGCCGGCGUCCUCCACCACCUCCACCUCCAACUCCAACUCGGGCUCCACGGAGGACGCCCGGGACACCUCGCCACAGGUAUAUACUACAUUGAACAAGAACUACGGCCACAAGCGGCGACGCGCCACCAAGCCGGCGUCCUCCACCACCUCCACCUCCAACUCCAACUCGGGCUCCACGGAGGACGCCCGGGACACCUCGCCACAGGUAUAUACUACAUUGAACAAGAACUACGGCCACAAGCGGCGACGCGCCACCAAGCCGGCGUCCUCCACCACCUCCACCUCCAACUCCAACUCGGGCUCCACGGAGGACGCCCGGGACACCUCGCCACAGGUAUAUACUACAUUGAACAAGAACUACGGCCACAAGCGGCGACGCGCCACCAAGCCGGCGUCCUCCACCACCUCCACCUCCAACUCCAACUCGGGCUCCACGGAGGACGCCCGGGACACCUCGCCACAGGUAUAUACUACAUUGAACAAGAACUACGGCCACAAGCGGCGACGCGCUACCAAGCCGGCGUCCUCCACCACCUCCACCUCCAACUCCAACUCGGGCUCCACGGAGGACGCCCGGGACACCUCGCCACAGGUAUAUAAUACAUUGAACAAGAACUACGGCCACAAGCGGCGACGCGCCACCAAGCCGGCGUCCUCCACCACCUCCACCUCCAACUCCAACUCGGGCUCCACGGAGGACGCCCGGGACACCUCGCCACAGGUAUAUACUACAUUGAACAAGAACUACGGCCACUAGCGGCGACGCGCCACCAAGCCG